CGUGCACGCAAUAUCUGGAAAACGAAGCAGUUGAGGUAAGUCCAGGAUGAAUCCGCAUUUAAUUAUCUUGCUGAGCCUGGCGGCGGUAAUAUCGGCAGCAAAUGAGCCUAUAGCCAUAGUCAGGCAGGAACAGGACAUCAGCCCGGACGGUAGUUACUUUCUGAAAUGGGAGAGUGCCAACGGGAUUACCUUCGAGGAGCAGGGCGUCCAGAAGAAUUCUGGCCAGAAAGACAAGGAGGCUGAGGACGUACACGGAAAAGCGUCGUGGACCGCGCCCGACGGGCAGAAAAUUAAUCUCGGCUGGCAAGCAGACGAGAAUGGCGCCGUUUUCCAAGGAGCGCAUCUACCGACCCCGCCACCCCCGCCAGCAAUUCCGCCUGCCAUCCAGCGAGCCCUUGACUGGAUAGCCGCUCACCCCUACCAGGGGGAGAAAAACAAAGUGUAAUUGAUGCAGCUCUUGCUACAGGCAUGUUGAAGAUUCGUACUUCACUAGCAUAUGUUUAGCUUGACAUUGAAUGUAAAAAGACAAGUUUGUAUAAAAAUGUCAUAUACCGAAGGAAAAUGUGAUUUAAUUCCCGAUUUCUCAUCAACCACUCUUGUCGUAAUAAAAUUACAUUGUUUUAAGUGUAUUGUUUAAGUGUAUCCCCGUAAAGUACGAUCAAUUACUAUAAUUGUGAUAUCGCAUUGUGUUUGGAUACAAAUGAGAUAUUGACAGAUAUGUUUAGGAAGAUAGACUUAUUACAAAAUCAUUAAAAUUGAU